CACUCUCCUCACCCCUCAAUCCAACUCUACACUUACCACCAAAAACACACACACAUUCUAGCCUCCCCCACCAUGGGCGCCGAUAUGGAGGCCGCCCCGGUCCUCUCCACCCCGGAUGACCGCAUCCUCGAAGAAGCAGCAGCGGUCCCGAACCGCAGCGGUCCCGUCUCCGACGAAGAAAUCGCCAUCACAUAUGACAUUGAACGCACGCUGAGGGAGAUCCGCCAGGCGCGGUACAAGCGCAUUGCGCUGCAGUUUCCGGAUGAUAUGCUCCCGGAUGCGCCGAGGGUGUUCCAGCUUCUGAGUCGGGGGUUGGAUUCUACUACGACGACGCGAGAGGGUGCUCGUCAGAGUGCGGGGACGGAGGAAGAAGGGAAGGAUCUGGCUGAGUCGGUGGCUCAGUUGAAGGUGGAUGAGGCUGAGCCUGCGCCUAGGCUGUAUAUCCUGGCCGAUACGUCCUACGGAACUUGCUGCGUGGAUGAGGUGGCGGCGGAGCAUGUGGAUGCCGAUGUGGUCGUGCAUUACGGCCGGUCGUGUUUGUCGCCGACGGCGAGACUUCCUGUGAUUUAUGUGUUUACGCAUAAGGAGCUGGCGUUGGAGAAGGUGGUGCGUGCGUUCAAGGAGACGUAUCCGGAGUUGGAUACGAAGGUUGUUUUGGCUGCUGAUGUGACUUAUUGUGAUCAUGUCCCUGCGCUGUAUGAGGCUCUGGUGAAGGAGGGGUAUACGAAUUUGUUUGCGACGGAGGUGCUUCAUGACCCUUCGUCGGCUAUUCCGAACCGGACGGUGCCGGAGACGGUGCGCGAGAGCCCUGAGUCUCUGGCUGAGUGGCAGCUUUUCCAUAUCUCUGAUCCGCCUACGGCGCUGCUGCUUACCCUUGCUUCUCGCGUGGCGGCUAUCUAUAUCUAUCCUACGGAUAAGCCGGGGCAGGAUGUUAAGCCCCUGCCCGCGUCUACGGCUGCUGCCUUGCGUCGUCGCUAUGCUAUCCUGACGUCCUUGAAUACUGCCCCGAUCUUUGGUAUCCUGGUCAACACGUUGAGUGUGAAGAAUUACCUGCAUAUUGUGGAUCAUGUUCGGGAGCGCAUCGCGGCGGCCGGGAAGAAGAGUUAUCUCUUUGUGGUGGGCAAGCUGAAUGCGGCCAAGGUGGCUAACUUCAGUGAGAUCGGCGGCUGGGUGGUCAUCGGGUGCUGGGAAAGCUCGCUCGUUGAUAGUCGCGAUUUCUGGAAGCCGGUUAUCACGCCGUUUGAGUUGGAGCUUACCCUGAAGGGGGAUACGGAGCGGGUCUGGACGGGAGCCUGGCAGAGUGACUUCCAGACGGUCCUGGAUCAGUCUGCUGCUGAGGCAGAGAAUGGAGAUGCGUCGACAAAUGAUGCUGCGAACGGGGAGGAUGAGGAUGAGAUGUCCGAGCCCGAGUCGGCUCCGCCAGAAUUCGACUUGCGCACUGGCCGGUAUGUCUCGCAUUCCCGGCCCAUGCGAAACCCUGCACCCCGCGUUUCUGCCUCAGGAGAAGAAGGUGCUGCCUCGUCAGCAUCAGCUGGAGGUCCAUCCGCAGCGCGAGCUCUGGCCAGACGGGCCAAAGGGGAUCUGGCGAUGAUCGGCGGAACCAUCUCCCCUGGAGCGGAGUUCCUUCGGUCGCAACGGACGUGGAAGGGGCUGGGUAGUGAUUUCGAUAUCCAGUACGAGGAGGAGGAUGCCAAGGAUAGCACGCUGGUGGUGGAAGGGCGCAAGGGUAUUGCAAGGGGAUAUACGGUGGGAGAAACAAUAGAGCGACACUAGUUCAGGCCGCCCUCGCUCCCCUGGCGUUCGGAGAACCGGAUUGUUGGGCGCGACCGUUGAAAAAGGGUAGAAAGUAUGGGAACGAGUAGGGGGGAGGGCAAGGCAAAGCAUAGUCAGGUGGAACUAGUGGUUUGCUAUUUUCUUUGCAUUGAUGGAUUGAUGGAUCUGUUUUUUGUGCCCUACUGAUGCUGCUGGCACGGCCCAAAGCGGAUGGCGAGGUUAGUGGUUGUGGUUGUAGUGGUGGAUUGGAUCGUCGGGGGGAGAGGACAACACCACGCAGCUAGCAGCAGAUAGUGGAAAGAAAUUAAGAGGGAUGAAUUCAAUAUUCAAUAAAAUACACUGGGG